AUGGCGCUGAGGCCGAGCAAUCUCACCGCGGACGGGUCGGCCGACGGCGGUGGCGGCGGCGGUGGUGGUGGCAUGCCCGGCUUUGGAGGCGGCAUGCCUGGCUUUGGAGGCGGUGGCAUGCCGGCGGGCGCUGCCGCGCAGGCAGCGCAGGCGGCGAUGGCACGGCUGCAGGCGAUGCUGCCUCCGGGCGUCUCGCUAGCGCAGGCUGGCGUGGCGAUGCUCCUCCUCCUCUACGUUGCGCCGCGCGUGCUCGGCCUCCCACUCCCGCUCGUCCUCUGUGGCGGCGGCGCAGCCGCGUUCGUGUACCAGUCCGCGCGCGGCGGCGGCGGCGCGAGAGGCGUGGCGGAUGGGCUGCGGCGAGGCCUGUCGCGUGCGGCUGCGGCGGCCGAGGCGACGACCGGGCAGCGCGUGAGCGAGGCGCAGGCGGCCGCCCUCCUCCUCGCUGGCGGCUACAUGCUCUGGCGCUUUGUGCUCCGCCCGAGCGGCGCCGGCGCCGGCAGAGGAGGAGGCGAGAGACACUCCCAAGACGCUGCCCUCGCCCCUCGCUGGCUUGCUGCGGCCGCUGCUUGCACAUGCCCGCAGCUCAGCCUCCCAGGCGGCUUCGGCGACACAGAGUUCGCGGCGUACGACAAAGGGUGGAACGAUGCGCUCGAGAAGCGAAAGUACGCGCCCGUGCUCGACCCGGCGAGCGCUCUCUGCCCGGCCGAGCCGCGCUACGCGUUGCAAACGGCGAAGGCGCAGGAGGAGGCGGCGGCGGCGCUUGCGAGAGCGGCGGCAGCGGAGAAGGCGGCGGCGGAGGCGGAGUUGGUGGCUGCGUUCAAGGCCAAGGCGGCGGAAAGAAAGGCGGCGGAAGAGAAGGCGGCGGCAGACGCUGCGGCGGCGGCGGUGGCUGCGGCGGCGGUGGCUGCGGCGGCGGCGGUGGCUGCGGCGGCGGCGGAGGAGGAGAGAGCUGCAGCAGUGGCGGCGAAGGCGGCGGGGGAGGCGGCGGCUGCAGAGGCGGCGAGGGUGGCGGAGGAGGCAGCAGCGGCGGCGGCACACGAGCAGGCGGCCUCCGGAGGCGCGGCCGGGCAACAAACGACCGAGCUGCCGGCCAGGCACGAGGCGGCUGCUGGAGAGUUCAUCAAGGUGUGUAUCGAGGCGGCGAGCCAGGACGCGAGUGCCGCAUCACGCGUCGAGCUUCAGGCGCGGCGGGCGGAGUCGGAGCUGCGAGCGCUGCUGGUGGAGGGUCCGGGCGACGCUGACGUGAUCAAGUUGCUUGCGCAGUCGACGGCCGCGUUGGAGGCAUUGACAGCCGGGAGCGAGCCUGGCGCAGCCGAAGCUCGAGCGUCGGAUGCUGCGGCCGGCGCUGUCCGGGGGACUGCCGAGGCAGAAUCGGCUGAGGAGGAGGGGGAGGAGGAGGAGGGGGAGGAGGGGGCGGAGGAGGCGAGGGUGGCGGAGGAGGCGGAGGCGAGGGCGGCGGGGGCGGCGGGGGAGGAGGAGGCGGAGGAGGCGAGGGCGGCGGGGGCGGCGGAGGAGGAGGAGGCGGCGGCGGCGGCGGCGAGGGCGGCGGAGGCGGCGGAGGAGGAGGCGGAGGAGGUAGCGGAGGUGGCGGCGGCGGAGACUGCGGAGGCGGCAGAGGCGGAGGAGGCGGUGACGGAGACGCUGGCGCCAGCGACGGCGACGGCGCUGCCGGCGAUGGUGGCGGAGGCGGCGGCUAGUGUGGCGGAGGAAAGGGCGACGGAGGCGGCGGCAGCGCCAGAGGCGGCGGCGGAGGAGGCGGCGGAGGAGGCGGCGGAGGCGGAGGCGGCGGCGGAGGAGGAGGUGGCGGAUAAGGCGGCAGAGGCGGGGGCGGAGGAGGCGGCGGAGGAGGCGGAGGAGGCGGAGGCGGCGGAUAAGGCGGCAGAGGCGGGGGCGGAGGCAGCGGCAGAGGCGGGGACGGCGGAGGAGGCGAGGGCGGCGGAGGCGGCGGAUAAGGCGGCAGAGGCGGGGGCGGAGGCAGCGGCAGAGGCGGGGACGGCGGCGGCAUGGCAGGCGCGUGUCUGCCGCCUGCUCUCGCACAACGACGCCGCAGGGCAGCGGCAGCGGCCGCCGGCGGGCCUCUCGGCGCUGCCGGUAGCGCCGGGCCCCUUCGCUUGGCUCGUGCGCGCGCUCAAGCUCGACUGUUGCGGCCUGGGUGCGGCAGCCGCCGACGGCGCGGGCAGCGGCACGCUGCGCGACGCGCCGCACCGUCCCCUGCAGCGCGUCGCAUCUUCAAAGGACCCGGCGCGCCCGCGGCCUCAGCACAAUCAGGGCUUGGGCCGCCCGCCAUGAGGCGUCGUCCACGCUGUCCCCUCGGGUCUUUGCAGCUCUCCGCUGGUCUGGUCGUACCGAUCGGCUCCUGCGCUGAUGCGUACUCCGUGUGUGUGUGUGCGGAAAGUCUGACGGUCGCAGCCCCUUCCCACUUGCGCCUCCGCCCUUCUCACUAGUACUGGCUAUGUAUGUAUGUAAGGAAGGUGAAGAAUACAGUC